AUGUGCCUCGUAACCCACUACCGCGACUUCCACUGCAACCACCACUGGGCCGUCAUCACCACACCGUGUUUCCCAGGCAUGGGCUUCGACAACUGCCCGUCCUUUUUCGAAGGUCAAGCACACCCGUUGCCGAAACGGUUGGUUGCGCUUGGGGAGAGGUGUCCUAAGUGCGACCUCGCUAAUGAGUAUGAUCGGAAUCGGAUUCGCAUGGUCAAGAGGGUGUCGUAUGGGGUUCGUUGGGGACUGGGGCCGAGUGAGACGGAUCCGGGGUGUGAUUUUGUGUGUUGUGUGAUGUGA